GAAGCGAGGAGUCUAGAACUAGUUCACCUGUCAGCCUGCCGCUUAAUAUCCUAAUGACAUUAGUUAGACAAGCUACAACUUUUCUUUGUUUGGUUUUUAAGUCCCAUACCUUUUAUCGACUGUUCAACGCGGAACGGCACUGGUAACGCACGCCGUAAAAAAUGAUUAUGGAACCUUUAGCGAAACGUUAUCUAUUUUCAUGGCUGUUUGUGGCUUUAAGUCUUCAGGUGUCGAGUUUACAUUUUGCAGUAGCGACUUACUACACAGCCRACCUGAACGUGUCGUUUAUUGAUCCUGCAAACAACGAAACCAUAUCGCGACAAGGGGAAAGCGGACUAACAGUAUAUGGACAAGAUUCUCCUAAAGUUACGGUGAUGGGGGACGUUUAUUUACCUGAUCCGAUUUACAGUUGCGAAAGUGAUACUUUCUAUGAUGUGCCUAGUGGGUCGAAAGGGUGGAUCGCCAUAAUUCAACGCGGCAACAGAUGUACUUUUUCACAGAAGAUCAAUGUUGCAGCCAGUAAAGGAGCUGUUGCUGUUGUAAUUUUCAAUGGUCUUGGUACAGACAAUACAGUCAUCCAAAUGUCGCACCCAGGAACAGGAGAUAUGGUUGCCAUCAUGAUUAGUCACAGACGGGGCAUGGAAAUUGUUGAGCUGAUCAGGCAAGGGAUUCCAGUCUCGAUGACCAUUGAGGUGGGCAAGCAGCAUGGUCCCUGGAUGAGCCACUACUCGGUCUUCUUCGUCUCCAUCUCCUUCUUCAUGAUAACAGCAGUAACUGUGGGCUACUUCAUCUUCUACUCUGCCCGCCGCCUCAACGCUGUUCGUCUACAAAACCUUCAACAGAAACAGCUGAAGGCAGAGGCCAAGAAAGCCAUUGGUCAGCUGCAAGUCCGGACCGUGAKACGGGGAGAUAAGGAGACUGGGCCUGAUGCUGACACCUGUGCAGUGUGUAUUGACGCUUACAAGUCUGGCGACGUGCUGACCAUUCUCACCUGCAAUCAUUUCUUCCACAAGACCUGCAUUGAGCCCUGGCUAAUGGAGCACAGGACCUGCCCCAUGUGUAAAUGUGACAUCCUCAAGGCCUUGGGAGUAGAGCAGCCGGAAGAGGACCAGCCCAGUCAUCAGUUGACCAUGCAGCCAGACAUGACGUCCUACCCCAGGGUUCUAGUCCCAGAGGACACCCGCAGUGAGACAGCCUCCGCAGGCUAUGCUUCUGUACAAUGCACAGAGGAGCACAGCAACCCAGCAGAUGAGACCCACGUGUAUGAGACGUUGGGGCACCAUCCUGGCCCAGGGUCAAUCCAGGUGGACAUCCUCCAGCCCCAUUAUGACAACCUCGCCUUUGAGGGCAACUCACGAAACCAACGGGAACCCCUAACAUGAAUGGGAUGCUCACUCCAAGCACUAGAUCUUGGCUAAUGGGACUGGCACCACAAUCAAUUACAUUCGAAGAUGUUUCCUGUGGUCAUGAAGCAAGGGAAACCAGGAAUGUGGGUCUGAUAUUAUUCAUAGGGAAAGAGGGCUUGACCUAUAUAUGCAUAUCAAUUUACAUGAAAUUGAUGAGGCAAUCCUUCGAUGCACUUGUCUGAGUUUGGAAAUGGUACUGUCCAGUUUCAUUCUGAUUUAAUUGUACUUUUUAAUAAUAUGAUUUGUUAUUUGAUUACGUUUCUUCAGGCUUAAUUACUUCAGUCAAUGUAUCACUUCAUCAGUUACUGAUUUUAAAUUGUUUCAAUAUGCUAAUUUAACACUACUACUGUCCUUUAAUGGAGUUAAUAGGAAACAGUUCUAAUGACAAAGUUCUAGAGGCAGUAUGCAAAUUCAGUUUAAAAGACCCUUUAGAUUUUGAAACAUAAAAUAAUGCAGUAGUUAAUGUAUCAGUAAAAGUAGGGUUGCUAAAUUCCAGUAACUCCCAAAAUCCCCAGGUUUUCCAGAAAUCCUGUUUUGAGGGAGCCGGAUUUCCUCCUGAUUCCAUAUAUUUAGUCCAACCAGGUUUUGUGGAAAACCGCAGCUAUAUGGGGAAAGUUACUGGAUUUUUACAACCCUAAGUAUGUAAUUUUCUGAAGGUUUGCUGCUUUACACAUUUUCUAAUACUAUUUGUUGCAUGGAAAAUGUAUUUUACACUGCUAUUCAAAGUUCCAAUGUACUUUUACUGAUAUGUCUUCUAAGCAUUGAUUUUAUUUAAAGUAACUGUCCAGUGUUUCCAGUUUGUCUAUGAAAUAUGACCUAUAAUUAAUUACAAUAUAAGUUAAAACAUUUUGGAAAGAAAACUAUUUAAGUAUGUUAAAAAGCUUUUUAACAUACUCAAUACGCCCACACCAACAACAGAAUAGUGUGGGUGUAUUGAGUGAUGACGAAUUAGAAGUUUUCUUGUUGUAAUUAACUCGUAGCAUUCUUAGAUUACUCAUUAUAUUAAUAGUCAGAUUUAAUCAACAAAUCUGUCUCUUUUUUUUAAAGAUGAAGGGUCAAAGUCAUUACAUAUCCCAUCGAGCUGCCCGUUGUCAAAGUUCCAAGACCAGUCAGAAACGUCCAGCUAAUCCUACGCCAAAGAGGCCGGUGAAUCUCAAAACUGAACUUGGAUCUGCGUUAAGUAGCAAUGAUAUCCUUCGCAACUGUCGUUUUACGACAGAUAUCUCGAACCAGUCAAGACUAUAAAUCAUUUUUACGUAUCUUUACAGCAAAUUCCUGAGUUACCUAAUUGUAAAACUAGCUAAGAAGUUUUGAAGUGGAGGGUGCCGUAUUAAUGAAGUUUGGCAAUGACGYUGAAAACUAGCAUAGUUCAAGCUAGUUUAGCCAGGGAAAACAAGUGCACAUGUGCACUAGGCUAAUUCGGGAAAAAUAUUCUAGUUUUUAUGUCCUGAUAUUAGGAGCUGGCGGCAAAGUUUGAUUAAACAAUUCAGAGACCUUAAUGAAUACAUAAAAUUACAUAUAUUUUAAGGAGAGCGAAUCGAUAAUCCCGAAAUCAACUGUAACUGUCGAUAGUAAAACAAUGUUUGAGUGAACCCUGAAUACAGUAAAUGAAUGGUGAAGUCGCUUCCGGACACGUAAGACGACGACUCACCACUAUACUGGUCAUAAAAAAAUAUUAAUCCGAGUAGACCAUUGAUUGCCCAGCUCAUCCUCUAUAAGGAAAUGGCAAGCAUUUUGUAAAUGGUCUGUUUGAGAUACAAGUUUGAGGCAGGUUUUUUUUCUCCAAUUUAUACUUAAUUUUUUAUUUAACUA